CCUGCCACUGCACCCCGGCAGCCAGGCCUAAUGGCCCAGAUGGCUACCACUGCAGCCGGUGUGGCUGUGGGCUCUGCAGUGGGGCACACCCUGGGUCACGCCAUCACUGGGGGCUUCAGCGGAGGUGGUAAUGCCGAGCCCGCAAAGCCUGACAUCACUUACCAGGAGCCUCAGGGAGCCCAGCUGCAGAACCAGCAGUCUUUUGGACCUUGCUCUCUAGAGAUUAAGCAGUUUCUGGAGUGUGCUCAGAACCAGAGUGAUGUCAAGCUCUGUGAGGGCUUCAACGAGGUGCUGCGGCAGUGCAGGAUUGCAAAUGGUUUAAUCUAAUCAAGAAAUUCAAGCUGAAGAAAUGUACAGUUGGUUCUGUAUAAUUGAUAUUACAAGUGUGGACCCUUAUAUUUCUAACAGUUCUAUUGCUUUGGAAUGGCCAUGAAAGAGAUCUAAGUAUAGAUGUUUACUUGUAGUGUUGGUUACUGGGCAAGUGUUUGGCCUCCUAGAACUAACUGUAUUGUGAUUGUGAGUUUAAAAAAAAAAUAAAUUGGUUUAUUCUGAA